AUGGGUCGUUCUUCCAGACAUGCUCAGACGGGUCAUCGUGGUACAUUAGUUAGCCACGGUUCUUACAGUGCUCACUCGGGACAGUAUUCAUUCAGUGCACUACCAGCACAGAGUUCUCAGCAUGCCUCGUCUGCUCAAGCUUCUACAGAACACUUUUUAACCCCUGAACCUUCGGCAGCUCAAAAAUACACAGCAAAACCAGAUUUGAUGCUACCAAUGCAACGCUUAAAUGGGUUUUUGGUAUAUUAUCAAAACCCACUUGCUAGAAUGGUCACUUCACGCCACUCUUGCAGCAAAUUGUUCAUUGGAGGGCUUUGUUAUGAUACCAAUGAACCUGUUCUCAAACAGGCUUUUGAGCAACAUGGUGAGAUAACUGAAGUGAAAGUAAUAUGCGAUCAUAAAAGUGGAAAAUCCAAAGGAUAUGGGUUCGUAAAGUUCACUUCUGAAACUGCAGCUAGCAAGGCUUUAAAGGAAAUGGACGGUCAGUUAUUGGAUGGCAGAAAUAUUCGUAUCAGUUAUGCCCACAAAGAGUGACAUUUCCAAAUCUCAUCGUUCCUUGUGUGUGCAAGAACUAGCGAUUUCAGCCGUGAAAGUUGGUACUGAAGAUACUCGUUGAAGAUUCUUCAACAUUAAUCUUGAUUCUUGAGUUUGGUCAAGGGAGAAACAGCCACCGAAAAGGUCCUAUGCCAUGAUUUUGCAUCGCGUGUCAGGUUCAUAUCAAUCUUUAAUCCAUCCAUUUUCUUUUUCCCUUGUAGUAUGCAGAUUCAUGUUUUCUGUAAGGAUUGUUAAGGAAUUAAUUUUACAGCUGUUACAAGGGAACUAUGAUUGUGUUAGCUUGAAAAUGUUUAGGGAGAAAAGCUCUACUAUCAAUAAUGGAUAGAGCCAUUCAACUUGCUCAAAGCUCUGAAGGGGAUCAAAAGAAUUAUUUCAUUUGCAUCACUUUGAUUGGAUUUGGAGAAGUCCAGAUCAUAUUAAAGUUAAAUGCUGCCUUAUGUAUUUGCAAGUUGUUUUAAAUUACAUUUGACCCCUUGCCCGUGGCUAAUAUUUUGUAUUGUUUUGCAAAUUUUCCUUCUCAAAGUUUUAUGAAAUAAACUGAACUAUUUCGGUUUGUAAUACUACCAUAUCUUCCAACCCAUGAUAGGUCAAACCAAACAUGAAAAGGAAGAUCUUUCACAAAAUUUGUGAAAAAAUAAUACUCGUUGAUGAAAUUAGGAGAAACUAAUUCCUUUCGCCUAAUGAAUAUAUACUAUGAAGUGACUUUGCAUACAGUUACACAUGAUGAAUACAGAAGCAGCAAGCUAUUUAUUCCAUGGCCUUUAGAGUAUUGGCAUACUUCAUUACUAGAGUCAUAAAUUUCUACCUACUAGCUUUGUAGCUUAGGAGGUCACAGGUUCGAGUUGUGGAAACAGCCUCUUGCAGAAAUAUAGGAUAAGGCUGCGUAUGAUAGACCCUUAUAGUCCGGCCCUUUCCCGGACUCCGCGCAUAGCGGGAGCUUACUACACCGAACUAUGAGCAAGCUGAAUUAUCUAUUCCUGCCAACAGUAUCUAUCAAAAUUGGAACUGUGAAAACCAUUAAAAAAAAAAAAAAAGACAAAAUGAGCCAUCAAAAAGAUGCAAUACAAACAUCCUGCUAGCAUAAAGUAUCUAUCAAGAUUAAUCUCAAUGAAAGUCAAUUAACGAGCAUGUAAAUUAAAAAUGAAAAAUCUAAAAAUAUUUGCCUUUUGAAAUCCAACCAUAAUAAUCAUAAUUAUGGAGACAGAAACAAAUUGAAAUUGAGAGCUAUAUCUGUUUGUAAGUCAACAUUUGACCAUUGCAAACACAAACCACAACUCUAUUCUUGGCCAAAUCUCCAGCUGUCUACCAAAAAGAAAAGGACUGAUUCUAAGCGUUUAUCAACUUAAAACUCAGUAACAACCCA